CACACACACUCACAACAAACUUAUGGUGCAUUACAACGCGUCGUAAAAGGGUAAGAGAGAUGGCAGAAAGCAGCAUUGUCAGAAGAACUACAGCUAUAAUAACCAAAAGCCGAGAACACAGAAUAAUUUGACGAACGAAAAACGGAAGAGAUUAAGUUAAUUUUUAAAGCUACGUUAUUUUGCUGAUGUUAAUAGACUGUGAAAAAAUGUGGAAAAAUUAAUAUUUAUAUUAUAAAGGAAAGAACUGUUGUGUGGAACAGGAGAUGAUAUAGCGUGAAGAUAUUUAAAUUUAUUAAAGCUUCUCAAUAACGGAAGUCACGUGGAAGUUUGUUGUUGUUGUUGUUCCCAUGCUUACCUGCAGAAGCAAUAAUGUGUCCAAGGGGAAAGGAUGGAUCCUCUGUUGCUGCUAACAUCUACCAACCGCUCUUGGGACAAAUAUCGUGUCAGAUCUUCGAAAUUAACCCACAAUGAUAUUCAGCAUGGCUGCAGUUCAAUGACACCUGGCUACUCUGGUUAUGCACUGUUACCUGCUCUGCACCUUUUUGAAGAAUGACUUCUAACACAAACUUUCUCAUAAACUUCAUCUUCAUUUUCUGAUUUGUCCACCACAUCACAUUUGCAGAAAUGUGCUCUCAAAAAGGAAUCCUUGCCUUAAUACUCAAGGAUUUAUUGAAGUCCUGUACUAGAAGCUGUCUUAAUUAUCAGGUGGAUUUGAAACUCAAGGCUGCAUCAAACUUAUUAGGUAUCAGCAAGAAGACCAUGCUUGUUUACUCGGCGUUCACAGGAAUUCUUCUGUUUUCCAUGUUAUGUGUGAUAGUUGCACUAUAUGAUCCUUGCAAUGGAAGAUCCAUUAGGGACAGUUUGUGUGAAUUGUAUGAAGACGGAAUGGUAUCUGGUAGAUUGUGUUAUUCUUUGUGCAAAGAGAGAGUGCCGGUGUUGUCAAAUUGCUUAAAACAGCAGCCAAACCUCAAGGAAUUCUUAUGGGGUCGUAAUCUGUUGGUAAAAGUGAACAUGGCUCCUGACAACACCAAUGUCUUGGACACAGUUCUGUUGGAGCCAUGGGAAGGAAUCAAGCAGGAUCAAUUCACUCGAAUGAUCGAUAAAUACUUAAAAGAGCAGCUGGGCCCUGGAGACUAUACAACAACUUUACAUAAGAUACUGAACUUUGGUGAUUUCAAUUCAAAUGGAUUGUUGACCUAUGGUGAAGCACGAUCUCUAUGGAGUCUCUUACAGCACCGUGAAUUUCUCCUAUUGCUGCUUUUCCAAGACAACGACACAUUCCCUCGUAUUAAUGGCACCUGUGGAAGUAUCUAUGCUGUGGAACAUGUCGCAAACAACAAACUAUUCAAUAUGAAAUCCAACAGCUGGCUCAGUAUUUUUCUUUCAGAUGCUUAUCAUUGGCAAUUUCCAGUUUGGAAGAAAAGAGCCAAAAUGUCUAUUGGGAUGAUCGAAUUUAUGAUGGACAUUUUUGAGAAGAAUGGCGUCAAUUAUUACAUGUGCAAUAUAUUGCCAACAUCUUUUGGCUACACCCCAAGAUAUGACAUCAAAAUUAUUGAUAUCUUGUCAGUAGUUUCCAAACACCAUUUGAAAACAGAAAUGUCUAAUCGGUCUUGUUAUACAGAUGAUGACUGUACCUUCUCUCACAACUGUAAAACUCAAUGCAACCAAGAACUUAGAAAAUGCUCUUCGGACCUUGUUGUACCCAACUUAAAAAUCCUAUGUGAUCUCCUUAUGGACUACUUAAUGUAUGGUGCACCGAAUCACAUUACUGUAGAUUUAGAACGGUUAUUACACCAGUGCCAAUCCCUUGAUAAUCGACAAUUCAGUGCCGAGAUGGACCAUGCCGUCUUGUUGAAUGACCUCCAGUUAUUUAUUUGGUCCCAAAUAAAAUAUGGAUGAUUCAUUUUUUUUUUUAUCCCCCAGUGGAUUGGGUAGCUUGCAUUCUGUUGUGAUAUAAAGACAAUGGUUAUGGAUCGCAUAACUAUACGCCCUAUUGUAAAAAUACUGAAGAGGUGGUGCCCCAGCAUGGUCGCGGCCUUCGGGCUAAAAACAUUUUUAAGGAUGGCAAUAAAAAAGACAAAAACCAACAUCCCUCAGGGAGCAAGAAUUAUUUUGGUCCAAUAUAUUGCACUUUAAUAUACUCACUACAUGUACAUGUGCAAUACAUGUAUAUACCUGCUACAUGUAUAUAUUCGCUACAUGAACCAUUUGUCACAUGAUGAUGUGGUCAUUAUUUAUAUAAGAUUGUGAGUUCAGGAACUAAACUUUUUUUAGCAAUCUUAAUGAAAUGCUGUAACAUUUGGUUAUUGUUAUAAUAACCCGCUUCCUAUUGUUUCACACACACACACCUCUGUACACUCACACAUACAUUGGUAUAUAUAGACAUACAUACACAUAUAAACAUACACACAUGCAUGUACAAACACACACACACAUGUAUAGUAUUUAUGAUUAAGUUUCAAAAGUGAAGAGGUGGUUAUUGAGUGAUGUCUGGGUCCUACAUAGAAUUAUUGUUUGGGGUUUCUUUGUGGGUUUUGUGGAUUAUUUAUGCAGGAUACAUUAUAUGUCUUUUGCUUUUGGUUUAUUGAAAGAAAACUGGUCCCAUUUUUAAUUAGGUUGUUUCCAUUGAGGAAGACAUGCAACUUAUGGAAAGGGAAGGAAGAAAAAAAAAAUGUCUGCUAUAAAGAAUGUGUAAAUUUGCAGACCUGCCCAACCUGUUCCAGUUUGGGGCUUCAUAAAGAAGGAAAAUCAAAUUAAAAGAUGAGAAAGAAAAGAAUAGGUGUGAAACAAUGUGGGAAGUAUUUUAUUUAUGCAGUAAUUUCAUAUUUAAAUACUUAUGGUAUUUUUUUAAAAUUCUGUUUGAAGCGGUAACUUAUAUGGUGAGAGAGAGAGAGGUGAGGUUAUGGAUGUACCAGUAAUUUAAUAUAGAAAAUCAUCCCCAAUAAGCAUCAUAUUAAAUUCAUAUGCCCACCCCAACCCGUGGUUUGUAUUUAAAGAAAAAAAAAAUGAAUAUUCUGGAUUAAAAGGAAAAAGAAGUGGAAUGGGAAAAAAAAUCCCUUUUCUUAUCCGAUUCUAUUAUUUAUUUCUGCUGGCUGUUUUAUGUUCUGACUACAAAUUCUGCCGUGGUUGACUUGCUUUGUCAUUCUUUUGGAAUUGGUAACCAUAAAGUAUCAUUUCAGCAUUGAGUUUGCUCUAACCAACUUCCCUCUCCCUCUAAAAUUGCUGGCCUGGUGCAAAACAAGCUGACUGAAUUGUUAGCAUGUCAGACAAAAUGCUUUGUUGUAUUUCUUCUGACUAUACAUUCUCGAGUUCAGAUUCCAUUGAGUUUGAUGUUUUCCAACCUUUUUUGGGGGUUGUUAAAAUAAUUAUCACUUAAAUAAUGGGGUCAGUGAAAUCACCUCCCUCCUUUCCUCAAAAAAUUGUUCCUCACAAUAACUUUGAUAAAAAAAAAAAAAGUAUUGUUUACGAUAAAAUCUUGAAUAUGUGCUUAUAAUGUCUAAUGAAAC